AUGGCCGCAGAGCCCGAAAUCCACCGUCGUCGAUUCUUCAAGCCACGCUCCCUACUACCUACUGCCGAUAACUCGGCCACUCUGAUAACGAGUCGACAGGCUUUACGGGCUCUCACCUCGCCUGCCGUUAAUCGUCUGGGACCGACAUUUUCGCAGACCUCUAAGGCCGGCACCCGAAGCCCUCACGAUGGCCUCCCAGAGGACUUCAUCCGGACUCCGAGCCGGAAACGAAAGAACUCGUUCUCCUCUGUCGCAUCUCCACUGCAGUCAUCCCCUCUGAAGAGAGUUCGGGUCCGCUCCCUAACGAGUGAUGUCGAUCAUGAGAUUAGAAUUCCCGACGUCGACCUCCGCCUGCAGGCCGCGGAGGUUCCAGUGGUGCCGAAACAACCUCCUGCCGUAGCUCCUGUGCAUCGGUCUCGGGCAUUGGAAACCUCAGGUGCAUUAUUCAUGCGGAGUAUACUUGGCUCGCAGCGCAAUAAAGUGACUCUACGAGCCAACUCCGGAGUUGCAAACUCAAUCGUUGCUAUUGGUGAUGAAGAGGGUGGAAUCCGACUGCUAGAUUCAUCGAUCGACGAGGAUGCUGGGUUCACCGAUGCGUACCUCGGAUUCCGUCCGCAUGUAAACUCCAUUAUGGACCUCGAAGCCUCGUCCGACGACAUGUUACUGGCCACCGCAUCUGGAGACCAGACAUCUCUUGUAAUUGAUAUGACGACACAGAAACCCAUCUACUGUUUGUCAAACCACACUAUGAAUAAUGAUUUGCUCAGCCGGCUCUAUAAAUAG